UUCGGAGCCACUGUGAUCUCAGAGAAGAUGAAGUAUGCUGAACUCCCUGAGGGCAAAGUCGACCUCAACCUUCUCAACUCUAUGUCCAAGUCCUUUGAUCGAUUCUUGGCACACUGCCAAAAGUUGCACAACAUGGGGAGGAUCAAGAUGGGUGGCCUUGAGUGCAGCUUCCGCGACAUGCUUACCAACCCAGACGAUGAGAUCAAUUGCCACCGAAUCAAUUUUGCCCACGGCAUCUCUGAGAAGAUGACCUCCCUCAUUGCAGCAAUGGAUGACCUCAUGUCUCCCGCAGCAAAGUGGAAGGAUAGCCUUACGGAAGCUCAGGCUCAGGCUUCUGAAGUAGCUUCAGUGAUUGCUGUGGCAGAGACGACGGUGAUGCAGGUGAAGGGCAAGAAGCUCCACAACCAAACCCAACUCUUGAUGCAGGCCAUCUCCGACGCAAAAGCUUUCAUCGAUAUUCAUGGUGAGGCCAAGCAGAGUGCAGAAGGCAAGCCCUUGGAAGAGAUCGAUGGCUUGCGAUCGCAGUUGAGUCGGGCAAUUGGGAGGUCGGCCAAGGCAAGCGAGCUGAAGAUCGAAGCCAUGCUGGUCCAGGCUUACAAGAGUUCGAUCAAGGCAACCCAGCGUGAUCUGGUGACUGCUCAACUUGCCGCCAUUGCAGGCGCCGAUGAUCUGCAGGAGUCAUGCAUCCAACCAUCUUUGCUUGCUUGGGGUAAGGGUGUCCUGGGCUGAAUCCAAGUCGGAUUCCACUUGGUCGAUGCGAGCACUUUGAAGGCUUUGAAUGCAGAUAGGUUGAGCCGAGCGCCUUGCCUGAGAAUGUGUCCAAGUUCCGAGGCUGAGCGCGCUCUGCAGUUUUGAAACGAAUGAGAGUCGACCCGACGCACA